UUUCCCGGCCGAGGGAGGUUGCGCCAUUUCCGCUGCUCUGGCCGCGAUGCUUCCGUGGUCCUGGUGGCUGGUUCUCUGGCUGCCGCCCCUGGCUACGCUGCCCGCGGUCGCGGUGCGCGAGGAGGAGGCGGCGAUGUCAGUUCCAAGAUGUAAGUCUCUGAAAGAAACAGACUUAAUUAAAACGACGGUGUCAGACUGUUACUGCUACAAUCAAAAUUGGCAAAUAGAGUGGACAUAUAUGUGGUCGACUGUGCAGGUGACAGUUACCAGUCGAGGCCUGCUCAGAUUUGUCUAUAUCACAGGAAAUCAUAAUUGCCAGCAUCCAGAAGGCAUUCUGUCAUUCAUCAGAUGUGUUAUUCAUAACUUUUGGGCACCAGAGGAGUCUAACAAAAUGACCAUGCUCAUCACUCCAUACGGAGAAACCGUAUGCUUCUCUGUGAAGCCCAUCGGGAGGGUGUUUACCUACACAGUAAGCAUGGAUCGAAACAUUGUGGAUUUCAAACUCCUCCUUGUGUUUAUGGCAGGCAUUUUCCUCUUCAUUUAUGCAAAGACUUUGAGCCAAAGUCCUGCUUUCUAUUACUCUUCGGGUACCGUGUUAGGUGUUCUAAUGACACCAGUCUUUGUCCUUCUGAUGGCUAAGAGAUACAUUCCAAAGUAUAGCACGUUUGGGGCGCUAAUGAUUGGUUGUUGGUUUGCUUCAGUUUAUGUUGUGUGCCAGUUGAUGGAAGAUCUGAAGUGGCUGUGGUAUGGAAACAGAAUAUAUGUAUUAGGCUACAUCUUGGUUGUUGGGCUUUGUAGCUUUGCCGCCUGUUACAGGCAUGGGCCUCUCGCUGACGAGUGGAGCAGAGGCCUUCUGAUGUGGACACUGCGGUUCCUCUCCCUGGUCCUGGUCUACACCGGUGUGGCCGUGCCUCUGUUUGCCUAUGCUGUCAUGGUCCUCCUCCUGUUUUCCUGGAGCCUGCGCUAUCCACUGAGAGCAUUCAGCUAUCUGAGGUGGAAAAUGAGGUCUUGGUUCGCAACAGAACCUCUGGUGGUGAGGUUUCUCACAGACGAUGAGUACAGGGAACAAGCUGAGGCUGCAACAGCCAGCGCUCUUGAGGAACUGCGCCGUGCCUGCUGCAGGCCCGACUUCCCCUCCUGGCUGGCUGUCUCCAGACUCCAGGCUCCUAAAAAAUUUGCAGACUUUGUUCUUGGAGCGAGCCACUUGUCACCUGAAGAAGUCAGCACACAUGAAACACAGUAUGGCCUUGGGGGUGCCUUCUUGGAAGAGCAGCUCUUUAGCCUUCAUACUGACAGUCUACCAGCAAGUUGACUAUCAAACAAGAGAUCCGGGAGAAGGCAAAGAUCCUAUUCCAGUGGGCAGAACCAUCGAUGGACACUGGGAAAAGUAUUCGCUGCAGAGCAAAAGAAGCCAUAUGAUAAGGAAAAGCACACAUGUUGAGAACUUACUCUUGGCAGCUCACUUACUGUGCAGUCAGUGUCAUGGAGACUCUAAGAAUCAUUGCCACUUGUCCUGAAUGAAGACCUCUGUUAGAACAGUGGCAUCUGUUCAUUAGGACCAGUAAGCAAGGUCAGAUAAUGUCCCUGCACCAGGCACUAACGUCUUGAUGCCUUGAGGCUGGGUUAAAGGUUGCACUGCUCUCCCUCCAUUUCUUAUUAUCAGUGUUUUCUUUGUUUUCCUUUUCUUUUCUUUUUUUUUUUUUUUCUUUUUCGAGAAAGGGUUUCUCUGUGGCUUUGGAGGUUGUCCUGGAACUAGCUCUUGUAGACCAGGAUGGUGUCGAACUCAGAGAUCCGCCAGCCUCUGCCUCCCGAGUGCUGGGAUUAAAGGCAUAUGCCACCACCACCUGGCUCUUACCAGUAUUUUCUAAAGUGCAGUCCACAUGAUACUGGUCAUGGCUGGUAAAGGGUUCUUCUCAUGCCAGCCGUGAUUGACUCAGAGUCACACAUACUGCAGGUUUCUCAGUCUUCAGUGGUAUGAUGGCUUUGUGGGGCUUCUGAAAGGCUUUGAACCUAUUGACCAUAAACCAUUUUUUUCAGGAGACUGAUAGCUUCAGAACACGUUUAGAAAAUGCUACUGAUGUGUAAUUUAGGUUUGAGAGGUGUGUCCUCAGUGGUCUUGGCAGCAUUCCAGCCCUGUGCAUCCUGAAACUCAGGUAGAAGAUGCAUUCUUCAGAUGUAGGUUCAAGGCUGGCACCCUACAGCCCUGGUCUUACUGGGUUGGUGCCUCCUUUUUGUUUUGUUGUACUUGUUUUUUAAAUAAUCGCCAAUUAGCUACAAUAACGAUGAAAGAGAAACAUUUCUUGGGAUUGUAUUUAAUGUUUUGACAAAUUUUUAUAUGCAGAUUAAAGCUACAAUUACUAUUUGUACUUUUUAUAUAUUGAAAUUGACAUUUGUGACAUUUUGAGUUUUAUUUCUUUAAACUGCUUUUAUAUGUUUGUAAUUAUUUCUCACAAAAUAGAUUUUUGAUACUUUAUUUUGUAGAAAGCAAAUGUUUCUUGAUCCAUGAUAAACUCCAGCAUGCAAUGAGCCACUAACUGUGCUUUGACCUCAGGGAGAGGAGCAGAAACACAGGUCUAAGGGUUGAAUAUGGCUAAUGUCUGUGAACAUGUCACUGGCUUAAUUCUCUGAAAAUAAAAUGCAGAGUUGUUUUGUUUAUAAAAAAAUGAUUAAAAAUGAGAAAUCAUCCUAUAUAAAGAAAGGCACAGUGAGGGAGGAAUAUACAGUAGUUGUCACUGUCAUUCCUUGAGAACAAUGCUGCGUGGAACUUUCUAGAUUGAUUCUCAAAUGAUCUCUCUUUGAGACAGUCUUUCAGUGUUUCUAGGUCUGAUUUUGACAGACAUAUUUAAUAUUAGGAGUCUUGUUCCUUUCCUUAGAAGCUUCACUCAUUUCAGUGUGUGCCUUUACAUAGAUCUUGAUUUUUAAAAGUCAAAGAAUGUGGUCUAGAGAGAUGGCUCAGUACUGGGUUAAGGAGCACUUGCUGCCUUGCAGAGGACCAGCAUUCAUUCCCCACCAACCACCUGGCAUGGUAGCUUGAAGUCAUCUGUAAUUCCAGUUCCAGGGGAUCUGAUACCUUCUGACUCUUCAGGCAUCAGGCAUUCAUGUGUUGCACAUACGUGCAUGCAGCCAAAACACUCAUGCAGAAAAUAAGACCUUUAAAUCUAAGAAUAAAAUUUAUAUACAAAACUGUCAAAUGAGGUGCUUCUGUUCAUCUUGGCAACUAUUUUGCAGGCAUAGACAAGAGCUCUACCAUGAUUUGGCUACAGCUUAACUUGGUUUUCACUUUCUGUAAUUUUAUUGGUGGUAUACUGUAACAUGUUAGGUGUAUCAGUGCUUGUGCAUAGCCAUGUUCAUUCACCCCUCACUAAGCAGCUUGUCUAGCAUAGAUUGUGUUUGUGUGCACCUGCUGGUCCACCAGGCAGCCCAGCCUUCCUGAGCCAUUAGAGGCUGCACUGUGGGACUGACACAGGAGCAAGCACCUGCUGAUCCACCAGCAGCAAGCUAGAGUAACCAUAAUGAAGACAGAGGCAUUCUUUUGGAAUGCUGUUUUUCAUACUUAUUUUCAGAAGGAAUCAUGGAUCUGUCAGAUUGUUACAUGAAAACUGUGAGAUGCUGAACAAUUAAAGUAUUUCUGGUGAAAUGUG